GUAUCAAGAGAGCACUUUUAUUGACGUUCUAUUUAGUUAUCUCAUAAAAUUAUCUCAUGUGAAAGACGGAAUGUUUUCUGCCAAAUAUGCUUAGGAUAUCUAGAAACCAAAACAUACAAUGUAGAUAGAUGUCUAAUGCGUUUAUAUUUUGGAGUUUAACGAUUACAGGUACAGGUAAUCUACUUUCCUUCUUUUUUAUCAAAAAGAAACAGCAAAAUUGUAUGAAGGGGUUUGUUGUAUCUGUAGCAGUGCCAAAGUGCAUCUGUGCAGAAGAAUUGAAGUGAAAAAGAGUGUUAGACUGUUAACUCACUGCUUUACUCAAUCUGUUGUUGCAUUCACUUCCCUACACAAUUAUGCCUGCAGCCUGCAGGAACCUAGUGGUUUCUUUCAUCACUCGUUUUCUUUUCCUCCCUGCCUGGGUACAGUCUGUGGAAAGAAAACGUAAAGGUAACGCCUCCAUAUCAGUCUAUGUAUCUAUUUCUAUUGCAUUCCAGUGUCAUUGUCCCUUGGCUCCUUGAAAAACCACAACUCACCUCCUUUUCAAUCUCCCCUGUCUCCCUCCCUCCCUCUCUAGCUAUACCUCUUUUAAGUUCCUUUUUUGAACACACUCGCUAGUUCUUGACAAGCUAAGAAGACAAAUCUUUUGAGCUCUUGCAGUUAUUUCCAUUUAAAGAGUAGCACUUCAUCAAAAGCCAUGGAAGAAAGAGGCAAAGCAGUGGAGAUGCACAACAAUGACUUGUUUGAUCAAGAUUACUGUACUUCAUCAGAUCUUCCAUGCAAGAAACACCCAUCAUCGUCUUCAGUUGGUAUAUGUGCUUAUUGUCUUAAAGACCGUUUGGUCAAUCUAGUGUGUUCAGAUUGUGGAGAACAAAGACUCUCUUCUUGCUCUUGCUCGGAGAUCUCUUCCAAUCGUAAUUCAUGCACUGUCGAGGUAGGCAGUGUUGGUCGCAUUUCAUUUUUGAUAGAAAAUGAAAAUCAGAAAAAUGAUCAAGUUUUACAUUCUAAUAGUAGUGCUGCUAAUCCUAAAAGUUCUAGCGGAGAUCAGAAAGGAGAUGAACUUAAUUUCUUGGUCAAGAGGAACAGUAGUAGCUGCGUUGAGAUCAAGCGGAAAAAUGGGUUUUGGGGGAUUGGGAGGCUGUUCAGUAAGAAAAGAGGAAAGGGUUGUGAUAGGAGCAGUGUCGGGGGUCUCGAAGAGAAAAGUGAUUUGUGGGUUGUUGAUUACAUGGGUGUGUCUAGGUGCAGGUCUCUUUGCAGUUUCAGAGGUGGUGGUUUUUUUGGCUCAGAAGAUGGUACCUUUUCAGGUGCCAGGAGUUCCAUUUCAGGUGCCAGGAGUUCUAUUUCAGCUGCCAGGAAUUCGGGUGUCAAUGGUGGUCUACUUUUUGAUUCUGAUAGAAAAAGUGGAUUCAGUGAAGCAGAGCCAAGAAAAAGUGGCUUUGAUGGUGAAAAGAGAGAUACUACCAGUACUGCUUUAGAGUCUGAAAGGCUUGAUUCUGGUCACGACGGAGCUAAUACUAGACGUGUGUUUUCCCUCAAAGAGGGCAAUUUUACUACCGUGGAUGAUUCAGGCUUCAUUGACUUGAAGUUUGAUUUCCCACCAGAGUCUAAAGCAGAUUUAUCUGCCGUAAAAAUGGUCUCUUCGUCGGACUCAAACUCUGCUUUUGGGAGCAUGAGAGGCGGUGACGUUGUGGCACAGGAUCAAUAUGGAGGGCCUUUUGGGAGUCUAAUGGGAGAUGGGCCUUGCAGUAAUGGGAGUUCCUGCAGGAUCACAGUCAGUGACAGAGGAAUCAAAAGGAGCAGAAAAAGUUUCAAGAGUUGGAGAUGGAUUUUCAGGCAGCAUCCAAGUUCAAACAAGAAAGAUUAAGACUCUGUGGUCAGACCCCUAGGUUAAUUAAUUACUAAGUAGACCAAAUCUUGAUUUUUGCUUUUGUAUUUCCAUGUGUACGAUGGAUUCUGUAAUUAUGUUGAUCGAGUUACAAACAAAUAGCUAGCAGAAACGAGUUUGAUGGCUUUAGAGUUUAUACU